UCGUUUAGUCCGCUGGCGAACGUUGUCUUGAGCGCAGUUUGUCGGUGUCGUUUGUCGCAUUAGCAACGUCUUAACGUGUGUGCGUGUGUGUCUGAUACCUGUUACUCUCUGUCUGCGUCUGCGUCUGUGUGUGUGUGUGUGUAGUGUGUCUGCGUGUGAGCUGUUGUCGGUUACUGUGCCUGGCUCAUUCCCGUUUGUCGCUGUCGCUGCCGCUGCUAAAUUAUUAUACACUUAUUUUUUUCGUGUUUUUUUUUUCUGUGUCGUCGCCGCAGCAGCAGCUAACUGGUUGCUGGAAUAAAAAGAAGCAGCAGAAGCUAGCUGUGAACAGAAGAGUAACAAUAAUAAUAACAAAAAAAAAGAAGCAAUUACAACUACAACCACAACUGAAGAACUGUAUUUUUUCGUUGUUAAUUUUACUCGUUCGGAAAAUCUUCGAAGUCACAACAACAGCAACAACAACAAUAAGCGUUUAACGGCAGAAUACAGUAGAAGGAGGCAAUACCAACUACAGUAACAGCUACAGCCGUAGCAGUAACAGAAGUAGUUACAGAAGAAGUUACAGUGCAAAAGGAGCAGCUAAAAAAAAUCAACAUCUUCCGAUCAACUUAUCAAAAUGCCCUGCUCAGCCGUCACGCUAUCGAUAGCGACAAUCUGUGCUAUUAUCGCCACAGCGCUGCUCGCGAUCGCCUUCUCCACAGACAAUUGGUUGCAUUAUGAUGUCAGACGCAAUCAGAUACAGGCCUUUGCCGCCAAACACUCGGAUGCAGAUUCUCUUCUGCAAAAUUUGAAUAAUAAAUACUAUUAUUAUACGAGAACCCGUGGACUGUUCCGGAUAUGUUAUCCCAAGGAGCGUCCGCCGGCAUCAUCAGUUCCCACGUAUUUGUCGCCGAUUGAGACGCACUGCUCGAACAUUGACUAUUUUCCACAAGUGGAGGAUGAUAAGAUUUCCAAUGAAGAUGCAACAUCGAGAUUACAUUUGGCACGAUCCUGCAUUGCGCUGUUCAUCAUUAGUUUUGUGACCAUCUUUUGUGCAUUCUGGACGGGACUCUCCGGCUGCUGGAAGCGUUCAUCUGGCGCGAUAACAGCCACAUCGAUACUUCUUCUGGUCACUUGUCUUCUGGCCGCUGGCGCCAUGGGACUCUGGCAUACGGUCGAGUUCUUUGAGAAGGAGAAAGUCGUUGGCGAGGACUACUUCCAGCAGUGGAAUACGGUGCUGCGUGAUAACACAAAGAUCGUCUAUGAUUGGUCAUACAUUGUGGCCUGGACAGGCAUUGGCACCUGUCUUCUGGCUGCCAUUUUGUUGUCCGGCGCUGCUGUCUGUCUGCGUAACGAGCGCGAAAAGGAGGAGCAACUGAAUCUGCAGUAUUUGAUGCCCGUGUAUUCGCAAAAGCAGCCCCCGUAUCCACCCUACGCCAACUAUGCACAACCGCAAAUCUAUCCGGGUCCCUACUAUCAUGGCUCUCAAUAUGGACCGUAUAAUUAUUAGAGAGUCAGUAGAGCGACAACGAAAUAAUCAAAGAAAGCAGAUUGGACAAACCUUUGAAAGCAAAAUCGUUUAGAAAUCACAAAAACAAAUAUACAUAAAAAAAAAAACAAAAAUAAAAAAUGACAAAAGCUAUUGACAUAUCGGGUUAGGUCGAAUUUCGAAUGUCUUCCAGUUUCAACUAUAUUGUCAACCUUAACAGUUAAUGGCAAAGAAUUAGCAAACAUGAAACGGGAAAAAUAUAUAUGUAUUUGUUGCUAAACACACACAUACAUACAUACAUACCCAUACAACAAUUAAAUAUAACAUCUAUAUAUAUAUAUAUAUAUAUAUAUAUAUAUAAUUUUUUUUUUACUUUACAAAAAUGUUUAGUUGAUAGUCUAUAUAGCGCUAUAUACAUCUUACAUAUGCUUAUAUAUAUACAUCUGCAUGUAUGUAUGUAUAUUUGUAUAGCAAUCGUGGGUCUUGAGUCAAAAUGCGUCAAAGUAUUUGGUGCGCCAAUUUCAAAUGCAGAAUGUACUUGCACACAGCAUAAGUAGCUGGCGAAUAUAUAAGAGAGAACAAUAAAGAUUUAAUUUAUUGUAGCAUGUAACGUACAUGUAGCUUAAUUAUAUGUAUGUAAUAAUAAUAAUGUAUCUAAGCAUAAAUUUUUGUAUAUGUUUAUGAAUGUAAUGAAUAUAUAACUUUACAAAUGCGCAGCAAGCGUCAGUUUGUCUUCCAAGUACAUCAAGUGCGUGUGCAUGUGUUAAGCUAUAAUUUAAUAAAUAAAAGUUUCUUACGUUAUAAAAAAA